AUGGGGGCCGCGGACUUCUGGGACAACCAGGACAAGGCCCAGGCCGUCGUCGGGGAACUCAAGACCAUCAAGGCGCAGAUCGAGCCCGUGAAGGCGGUCGCGUCGGACUUCGAGGACGCCCAGGUCGCCUACGAGAUGGCGAAGGAGGCGGGCGACAACGACCUGCUCGUCGAGGCGGACGAGGCCCUCCACGACCUCGAGCAGCGCAUGGAGAAGGUCGAGCUGCUCUCGCUCCUCGCGGGCAAGCACGACACGCGCAACUGCUACUUCACCAUCCACGCGGGCGACGGCGGCACCGAGGCCAACGACUGGUGCGAGAUGCUCUACCGCAUGUACCUCCGCUUCCUCGAGCAGUGGCACGAGGAGUGGGACGUCGAGGAGGUCGAGCUCUCCCACGGCACCGAGGUCGGGCUCGAUUCCGUCACGCUCCACGUCAAGGGGCCCUUCGCCUUCGGCUACCUCAAGUGCGAACGCGGCACGCACCGCCUCGCGCGGGUGAGCCCGUUCAACGCGCAGGGCAAGCGGCAGACGAGCUUCGCGACGGUGGACGUCGUCCCAGAGUUCGCCGAGACGAAGGUGGAGAUCCCGGACACGGAGCUGGAGAUCACCGCGUUUGCGCGCUCGAGCGGCCCGGGCGGGCAGAACGUGAACAAGGUCGCGUCCGCCGUGCGCAUGGUGCACAAGCCGACGGGCAUCAUGGUCGUCUCCUCCACCCACCGCGACCAGCAGCAGAACAAGCGCCAGGCGCUGAGCAUCCUCCAGGCGAAGCUCGAGCAGCUCGAGGAGGAGCGCCGGGCGGCGGAGAUCAAGGACGCCUCUGGCGGCGCGGUCGACCGCGGGUGGGGCACGCAGAUCCGCUCCUACGUCAUCUACGACAACCGCGUGAAGGACCACCGGACCAACCACGAGGUCGGCAACCCGCAGUCGGUGCUCGACGGCGACGUCCAGCCCUUCAUCGACGCCGAGCUCAAGCGCCGCCGGCGCGUGCUGGCGGAGAAGGAACAGGCCGCUCGGACGUAA